AUGAGUGGCCAAAAAGUUCUUCCCUCUCGAAUGACAUUUCAAACGACGAAGACCAGGCUCAAAGGCGCGAGCACUGGUCACAAGCUGCUCAAGAAGAAGUCAGAUGCGUUGACAGUCAGGAUUCGUCAGAUUCUUAAACAAAUUGUGGAGAACAAGAACCUCAUGGGAGCAGCUCUGAAAGAGGCGAACUUCUCUCUAGCUGGCGUGUACUACUCAGGCGGAGAUGAUAUCAAGUAUCAGAUCCUCCAGAACGUCAGCAGCAAGGCUGGAUCGAGGGUUGCGAUGAAGGUGGAUAACGUAGCAGGCGUGAAGAUACCUGUCUUCGAGAAGAAUGAAGGAGAGAUGAAGUCAGCAGAUCUAACGGGUCUCGCACGAGGAGGGCAGAAGUUAGAAGAGAGCAGGACAAGCUUCAAGAAGGCUCUGGAUGCCCUCAUCGUCUUGGCCUCCUUGCAAACUGCCUUCGUGGCCUUGGACGAGGCCCAGAAGAUCACCAAUCGUCGUGUGAAUGCCUUGGAGUAUGUCGUUAUCCCCCGUCUUGAGGAAACGGUUCGUUACAUCGCGACAGAGCUCGACGAGCUUGAGCGCGAGGAGUUCGUGAGGCUCAAGAAGGUUCAGGCCUACAAGAAGAAGCGCAUUGAGGAAGAGGAGGAGAAGCUCAAGGAGCUCAAGUCUGCCGGAAAGUUGCCCGACGAGGUCCCCAGCCUGAUCGGCAAGCCAGCAGAUCCCGACGAUCUCUUCUCAUGAGGUGCCGGGGGGAAACGCGAGGG